ACGCAAGCGCUCUCCGACACCACAUGGACAUGGUCCACCGUCGAGAAGUCCCCCGCCUCCACCGCGCCACCGCACGCCUUGACCGGCUGACGCCGCCUCCGAGGCUCCGCCGUUCCCCCACCCCAUCCACGCGGCCCUAACGCCAGCCACAGGCCCCAGCACGAGUCUCUCGCCUCUCUACGCAUGGACUCGCGCGGAGCAGGCGGCGCAGCCGUGGGUCCCGACUCCUCCCCCGCUGCCGCCGAUCCGCCGAGCCCCGAGCCCGAUCCGGCCGCGGCCGCGAUGGAUGCCCGCCUCCCGGCGGACCUGCUUCGCGCCGUGCUGCAGCGGCUGCCGCCGAUCGACCUCGCGCGGUCCGCCUGCGUCUGCCGCGCGUGGCACGCGGUGGCCUCCGACCGCGCCGUGCUCGAGGCCGCCUUCUGCGCGCCAUGGGGCGUGCGACGCGUCGUCGGCGAGCCGGCGACGCAGGCCUUCUGGCGGGCCGCCUCCCUUGGGAGGUUCGCGCUGUCACAUGCCAUCCGGCGCGGGGAUACCAUCCCCGGCGUCGCUCUCAAGUACUCCGUACAGGUGACCGAUAUCAAACGAUUCAACAACAUGAUGAGCGACCAUGGCAUCUACUCAAGGGAGAGGCUUCUGAUACCCAUCAGUAACCCAGGAAUCCUGCUGGGCAGCACCUGCUACGUCGAGAUGGAUCAUAAUGCGAAGAGGGAGGUUGCAGUCUUUUACCAUGAGGGUCGCCCAAGUGAGAAAACUGAAUCCUUAGCAAAUAUGACCGCUUCGGAGAGGCGAAGCAGGAGGAUUCUCGAGUCCGUGAGGCGGAGCCUGCAUAUUGAUGACGGGACCGCUGCAUACUAUUUAUCCAUUUCUGAAGGUGACCCGAGGGCUGCUAUGAUGGAGUACUCCGAGGACCUGAGGUGGGAGCAGCAACACGUAGGCCGGUAGAUUCAGAACAGUAUGGGAUAUGUCCAUAUCAUGGGGCUUUAUGUUGAUGAUGGGUAUCAUUUGGUGGUUGCUGCCUGCUUGAACAUCUAUUGCUGGGUUGCCCCCUGCCGAGUAUUGUACGAUCUGAACCGUUGUAUUAUAAUACGAGCUUCAGUGUAAUGAACAUAGACCUGCAUGUAUGAUAAUAAUUGCCAAAUGGCAUUUCAGUGAUGUUUGGCCUAUAUAGUUACACCAGGAUAAAUAUUUAUUGCCUGUA